AUGAGCGCUGAGCACGGACAGCCACAGCAGUCGGGGGGCCGGAGGGGCCGGAGCUCCGGAGACAAGAAGUCCAAAAAGCGUAGCCGGCGCAAAGAAACCUACUCCGUGUAUAUCUACAAGGUGCUGAAGCAGGUGCACCCCGACAUCGGCAUUUCCUCCAAGGCCAUGAGCAUCAUGAACUCGUUCGUGAACGAUGUGUUUGAGCGGCUGGCCGGCGAGGCCGCCCGGCUGGCCCAGUACUCGGGCCGAACCACACUGACGUCCCGGGAAAUCCAGACGGCCGUGCACCUGCUGCUUCCGGGGGAGCUGGCCAAGCACGCUGUGUCCGAGGGCACCAAGGCCGUCACCAAGUACACCAGCUCCAAGUGA